AUGCCGCUACAAUUCCGACACUCCAUCGAAAAUCUUUUAGCGCAAUCCAAGUGCCCGAUCGUGGUCGGCGGCACAAAUUACUAUAUCGAAUCAUUGCUGUGGGACAUAUUGGUUAGCCCGAAAGAUGCCAGCGAGCUUGACAGCAUAGACUAUAAGUCUGCCGCUUCGACUGCAGCGACUACAGAAGCGGAAGAUGUCAACGUGUCUGAAAAUGCAAAAGAUCCCUUAUUUAUGCCUGUUGCUGAAAUGAAUGCCAUGUCAUCGGAAUUGUUGCAUAACCAUUUACGGAAAAUCGAUCCGGACUCGGCAAAUCGCAUACAUCCCAACAAUAAAAGAAAAAUUAUGCGGUAA